AAGUGAAAAUACCGUUUGGAAACAAAUACCUUGAUGCCAUCUUUUCAGUCCCAGAGAGGAAACCAACUUAUGGAGUGAUUUUAACCCAUGGAGCUGGAGGAGAUAUGAAUUUCCCUCACUUGGUGUCUUUGGCAGCCUAUCUUGCAGCCCAUGGAGUUCUGUGCCUGCGCUUCACUUGCAAAGGCCUGAACAUUGCUUACAGGACUAAAGCCUUCAAAACAGUUGUGGAAUACUUAAAGCUUUCUGAUGAUUAUAAACUUUUGGGUGUCUUCCUUGCAGGCCGUUCCAUGGGCUCACGAGCAGCUGCCUCUGUGAUACGCCAGCUUAGCCAGGAGGAUGAUGAUGACUUCAUUCAAGGUCUAGUAUGUUUAUCUUACCCAUUGCAUCGACCAAAACUUCAGUCCAAGCUCCGGGAUGAAGAUUUAUUAUUUAUCAGGUGUCCAGUGCUGUUUGUCUCAGGAUCAGCAGAUGAGAUGUGUGAAAAACAAUUGCUAGAAGGUGUGGUGAGCAAAAUGAAAGCCCCUAAAAAAAUCCAUUGGAUUGAUAAAGCAAACCAUGGGAUGGCAGUCAAAGGACGAACAACAGAUGAUGUCAUGGAAGAAAUAAAUGCCCAAGUUUUUUCUUGGCUUAGAGAAUAUAUUGAACCAAAACAUAAAUGAUUUGCAGUGUUUAAGUAGUAUCUUCAUUCAGUGUUUCUUAAAUGUGUCAGAUUGAUGUUUGUUAUUUCAGAGAGGUACAUUUUAAAAAACAGGUAUUUUCAGAGGUUUAAGUGUAAAUGUAAAUAAAACAUUUUUUGCGUUAAUAAAAAAAAUGAAAAACAAUACAGAACUUCUUAAAGGAAGGACAGAAAA